CCAUCGGCAGCUGCAAGUAGAACAUUUUAUUUUGUUGUUGGUUCAGUUGCGCUCCGUCUCGUGUGCCGUUCUUUCGUAACGUUAAAUUCAUUUGUGUAACAUUUUCAUUUUGAAUACCUUACGAUAUGGUGUUAAUAAAGGAAUAUCGUGUUUGCAUGCCGCUCACUGUUGAGGAGUACAAAAUCGGUCAGCUGUAUAUGAUUGCGCGCCACAGUCUGGAGCAAUCGGACGAAGGCGAAGGCGUCGAGGUAAUGGACAACAAGCCAUGCGAAGAUCCCGUUCACGGCAAGGGACAGUACACGGAGAAGCGCAUACACCUGUCCAACCGGCUGCCUUACUGGAUUCAAGCCAUAUGUCCGCGCGUCUUCUAUGUGACGGAAAAGUCAUGGAACUACUAUCCUUAUACGCUAACAGGUAAGCGUAUACGGCGGACUUAUUUUUGUAGCGCAUGUCGUCUAUUCAUAUCAUUGACCUUUUACUCCCUUGUGCCAUAUGGCAGACACUUGACCUUUUCCUUGAAAGUUUUAUACAGUAGAAACUGCUUUGGGUGAAU